GCUUCCCCCACAGCACAUUCCUGUACGACCCCCGAGUCGAGCUGCAGCUUCAUGACCAGGCUGAACGUGUGACGAUACCUUCGCUGCUUGGACAUUUCAGGAAUUUUAUGCAGCAUCUGCAAUCGAAUACCUCUCUGCUGAUCAUCAGCCUAGGCUACGCUAGCGCCGCGUUGUUUGCGCGCGCACAAGAUAUUAAAUCAUGCGCCUGGAGCAAGCAUUCGCAAUAUAUUGACACCGUCUAAUUGUCUGUUGAGGGUUGAGCAGAGCUAUUUAGCGCCAGCCAAACCCUCCCACACUCACUGCGCAUCACGACACCAUGGCCGGUCUCGAGGAUGAUGACCCCUCCACCAUUGACUCGGAAUUUAUAGAAAAAUCCCACCUCACCUAUGCCGUCCCUCUCUCAUCAUCGCCAGACCUCGCAGAAGUGCUGAAACAGAGCAGCAGUAAAGGCUCCACGUCGUCGUCUUUCAAGUCACUCGAACAAAGGGAAUUCCUGUUCUUUGAUGAAUCCAUCCAUGUCUAUCUCAUACUACGAACCCCACGAUGCGAUGAGGAAUACCUGCGGCCACUGCUGGCCCGCAUCUCCCUGUCACUCGAGGCAUAUGUCGUGAACAGCAACGCUCUGGAUCGGGACCACAGUCCACCGGCUAGCGAAAUAAUCUUCAGUGAUGAUGCUGUUGAGCGAACUCUCGAGGCAGGAAAAGCCGACAAUGCCACCGAGUCCGAGCGAGGCGAUAACUUGCCGGUAAUCCUACACGACGAGAGUGAGGAGGAAGCCAAGGAGCGGUAUAGCUUCGCGAUAUGGAAGGUCCCGGUGCUCAUGUCGAGGCCACGCAUCAGACUGCAAAGCCCCACCAUUGUGUUUGCGGCGGCAGCGCACCUGCGUGCUCAUGUGACAGCAGAUGAGAACGGCGCAGAUGUCGAGGACAGUGAUGGUGGCAUAGUCAGGAAUGGCUACCUCCAGAGCCGGGCGCCGGUGGGGCUCAACCUGCUCGAGCCCUUUGCCCAUGAUCCUGCCCUCCACGGAUUCAAACCGAGACUAUCCGCUCAACGUGUCUCGCUCGUGGUCCCAGUCACCCAGAGCAAGGACUUUCGGCAACCCAUCAGGAGCCUCCAGAAUCUGAGCUUCAGGGUGGUGGCGGCGGUGCAUACGCGGGUAAAGUUUGCGCGGCCAAAUGCUCUGCCAGCCAGCUCAACAGUGAUCGCCAUGCUCGAGUUGGACUUUACGCCAUAUUUCGAUUGUGAAACCGUCCUUACCAACAUCUCGCUCAACCUACCCUCGGGUGUCGUCACCGACAUGAAUAGCGACUCGGGCCUGAAGCUGCCCUUGAGCUGCGUCGCCCACGACCACGUGACAUUCCUGUAUCGUCUCGCGCCCACCGAGCACGACCAGCUCCUCGAAGGCGCCCCAGUGGCCGUGACUGUGCCCGGGACCCCGCGGGCUUCCAUGGCCCCCGCCGCGCGGGAUCUCGACAUAUCCAUCGAGGUCAAGGCCCUGAUCCGCCCUGGCGAGUGCACUCCUCGCCUGAAAAUGGCCUGGAGCACCCCGGUGGACUUCACUCCGCCCGUGAACCCCGGGUUCGGCGCGUCCUCCAUGGCACCACCUCUGCAGCGAGCCCACCGCCCCUCUCAGCUGUCUAUCGACGGCGCUGCGUCCAUGGUCAACCCGGCCGUGGCCCGCCCAGACUCCCUCCCCGGCCUCGAGGCUGCCACUCAGCGCAACGUCGAGACCACGAUACCCGACUUCGGCAUCACCAUCACCUUUUCCGGCCCGAAAAAGCCUGCGCGCGUAGGCGAGGAGUUUUGCUGGUCCGUCUUCGUCGUCAACCGCUCCGGCACCUCGGCGCUGCCCAUCUCCAACGCUCCGCCCGUCUCGCGCAAGCUCGCCCUGCGCGUCAUCCCCAAGCGCCGCCGUACCAACGACGUACGCGUCGUCCGGCCCCCGACCAGGCGGCAGCAGCCCGCGGCGGCCAAGGGGAAGAAGGACCCAGCCGCCAGGGAGCAGGAGCUGAUUGCCGACGCGGUCGUCGACGAGAACAUGGUGCACGCCAUGCACCGCAGCUCCCUGGUCGAGGGCUACGAUGUCCUUUGCCUCAGCGCCGACGCCCGGGUCGGUCCGCUGGCGCCGGGCGCUUGUCACGUCGUGGACCUGCGCUUUGUGGCGUUGAGGGCGGGGACUCUGGCCAUCGAGGCCGUCAGGGUCGUGGACAUGGUCUCCCAGGAGCAUGUCGACGUCAGGGAGCUUCCUACCAUCCAUGUGGAACCGGAUCUGGCAGGGUCUUGAAUAGGGAGCUUGCCCUGAUGCGAACAUCGGGUGUUAGGUUUAAAGAGACUAGAUGGAACGACUUUAUUAUAAAUAGAUUGGCACUUUGCCCACGUUCAUGCCAACAAAUCGUAACGAUGCAGACCCUCACAGGCACUGGUGCUUCUUCGUUGUUUUUCUACCCAGUCAACAGCGACUGAGUCCGGAUGGUAUCAAAGUGUUUCUGACGCGCUUCCAAGGCUGAUCACAAAUACUAUCUACCCAAGCCAAGUGAAUGCAAAACCAUCAGGCAUAAGAAGACUACAUCGUUAAAACAUGCUUUGAUAAUUUCGUGGACGAUCGAAUCGCUGCACAAACGCCGCAUAUGCUUUCGAAACCCAACCAAGAGACUAUUAAGUAAACAUAUCCUCUUUAGAAGGUUGCGUCGGACGGAACAUCCUAUUCGCAACCGUCUCAUAACACAUACCCAAUUAUCAUAAAAGUUCAUCCAAGUCGUCGUCCCAGCCCAGCUGCUGGUAUAUCGAUUUUGGUUUGGUAGAGCCCCCAGCUGCAGGCCCUUCAGUUUCUUUUGCAAGACCGACACUAGCGUCUGCAGAAAUGCGUCUUCGGGCUGGUGACAGGAAAACCAGGUGAGCAGGCUGGUGAGGCUUGAUCCCAGCUCGGCCACCCGACAUCAACAGAGCCGGUUGGCAUGGAGAGGGUGACUCGUCUAUCAACAUAUUCCGCGCCUUCUUGACAGGGGUUUCCAGCAACGACCCCGACCGGGGAUGUUGCCGUUGUGUGGUCGACAUCCGGUCCUUGCCUGACGGCGUAGUAGCCACGGCCACUACUAGAGGAUCGUCGUUGACGCCUGUAAGCCCCGGAGCGGUAAGCAAGGGCUGGUGUGGCGAGGAUGCUGGCACAAGAUCUGACAUGCCAGUGGGUUGCAACAAGUCCCGAGCGAAAGGAGCAGGCUGCGAUUUGGUCUUUUGCCGCCACUCAGACGAUUGUUGCAUUUGUGGCCGCGGUGCAACCUUCCUUGCCUGCAAUGGCGAUGAAUUUGGCACGGCAUCCCGUUGUCUUGGGGUCUGGCUCGGCGAUGGUGUGUUGGCCACAUGACGGGGUGUUGCACCAACCUGGGCCGGUUCUUC